CAAUCCCAAUUAAUCAGUGAGUGACAGCUGCCCAAUGGCGAACCCCGGCUUUCCCAUCCUGUGAAAGAGGGGGUGGCUAUAUCUCCACCGCUGCCUGAGGAAUGUCAACUAUUCAACAUGGAGACGGCGGUUACCAGGCUUGAGACCAUGGGCCCCUUUUGUAUGGGGGAAGGAAGGCAGAGCUGUCCUGAAACUGAUCCGUGCUCUCAUCUGGUUGAGAGUGGGAAAAGCUCACUUGGGCCGUUCCAGAAGGCAGAAUCUGAUCUGGAUUACAUUCAACACAAAUUGGAGUUUGAAAUAUUGAAAAACCUUCCUGAUAAUCCAUCAGCAGAGGAAAAUCCAGUGACUCUCUUAGAGAAACUCUCAGUACUGAAGUCACGUUAUAAAAUGUUAUGUGCGCAGCUGGAAGAAAUUUCCAAAGAGCAAAAAGAGUCUAUGGGGUGUAUUCAUGCUACUUUAGAAAACACUAUGAAGAUGGUGCAGGCACUACAGCGACACACUGAUCUUGAGCUUUCACCUCUGUCUGAAGAAGAACAGACUGCAGCACAACAGUUAGCAUGUAAAACUGUUAAAAUAACAGAUCCACCACUGGAAGAGCCACUGUGUUCAGUGUCUACAGUUCCUAUUCCAGAUGGGGAACCACAAUUCAAACCCGUGACUAAGGAGAUGUUUAUGGCUAUACCAAGGAUUAUCAGAAGUACUGUUAAAUUAGUGGACCUGAACAGCUUUUACAGGGACUUAUUUAACUACUUUGUUCCAAAUGGCAACAGAGCAGCAUUGAGUGUUGCACAGAUGAACAAGAUGAAUAUGAAAGCCACCAAUUCCAGGCUACAAAUCCUGAAAGAACUUUCCAUUGUAGAAAUUGACAAACAAGGAAAUGCUAAGUUAAUUGUGUAAAUUUAAGCCUAAAUGAACGAAUCAUAAUUUGAUAGAAGGAAUUUGGGUGCAGCUCCUGGCGUAUUGGAAGACAAAUAGUUCUCUGUUUAUAAAAAUGAUACAUAUUGUGAAAAUUUGUUGUUAAUGUGACUGUAUUAGGAUUCUCUUUGUAAUACCGAAUUGUGAAUUAAAAAGCAUAUAACAAGUUUUCUAAAU